UGCAUUUCUCGGAUGCUCGCCGGGGGUUGAGGUUUAGUUUCGGAAGCCUAAGAAACUCAAGAAAGACAGCAUCCCCCCAUGCUGUCCGCUCUGAUGCUAAGGCCCGCUCGGUCAUUCUUAUCAGGUUUCGCGAAUUCGGGGCACAGGAGAUGGCUAGGGGCGACUGACUUGGCCAUGCUGCCGCGCGCCUGCGCUCCACAAGUCCCUCCAGCACUGGACCCUCCGUCUGUUCCAUCCACAUGCGCCACGCCGUCCCUUGCAAGCCGUUUACUUCCACCCUCGGCGGCACCAGCAGCAAUCUCUUUUAGCACGUCCACGGAGCAACCGCCUGCCAGCACUGCCGUGCGCUCUGCCCAACAUGGUGUUCCUGCCUCGCCGGGAUCUGACGCCAGCACCCGCUAUCCAUCAAAACCGUCGGACUCCAUCGAGGUGCAGCUAGCCGCGCCGUCCACGCCGUUCCACUGCGACCCGCCGCCGCCCCUCGCGCGCACCACGCCUCGCGAUCUGCGCCGCCUCUUCCGCGACAUGACCGUCAUCCGCCGCGCAGAAAUCGCCUCCGACAUGCUGUUCAAGGCGCAGGCAGUGCGCGGUUUCUGCCAUCUGUACGACGGCCAGGAGGCGGUGGCCGUCGGCAUGGAGGCCGCCAUGGCGCCGCGCGACGCGCUCAUCACAGCGUACCGCGACCACGGCUUCUUCCUCUCCAGAGGGGGCUCGCUGCAGGAGCUGUUCGCGGAGCUGAUGGGGCGGUGCGAUGGGUGCGCGCGCGGCAAGGGCGGGUCCAUGCACCUGUACAGCGUGGCGCGGGGCUUCUACGGCGGUUGGGGCAUCGUGGGCACGUCGCCCCCGCUGGGUGCGGGCAUAGCUCUGGGGCAGAAGCUGGCGGGGCAGCAGGGCGAGAGCAUUACGGCCGCCGUGUAUGGUGAUGGUGCUGCUAACCAGGGCCAGGUGUACGAGGCAAUGAACAUGGCAGCGCUGUGGCGCCUGCCAGUGGUCUUCGUGGUCGAGAACAACCACUACGGCAUGGGCACAUCUGAGCGCCGUGCAUCGGCCCAGACGAGCUUCUUCGACCGCGUCAAGUACAUCCCCGGCCUGCUCGUAGAUGGCAUGGAUGUGCUUGCAGUGAAGCAAGCCAUGGAGUACGCCAAGCAACAUGCCAUCUCCAAGGGCCCCAUGGUGCUGGAGAUGGACACGUACCGCUACCACGGCCACUCCAUGUCUGACCCCGGCAGCUCUUACCGCCAGCGCACCGAGAUCCAGCACACCCGCCGCGCUCGUGACCCCAUCGAGCGAGUCCGACGCCUCAUGCUGGAGCAUGAGGUGGAGAGCGAGGAGGGGCUACGGCAGGCAGAGAGGAGGAUGAGGGCGGAGGUGGAUGCAGCAGUGCAGGCCGCCAGGGAGGCAGCUGCUCCAAAUGAGAACGACUUGUGGCAGCGUGUGUAUAGGCUGGACAAGGGAAUGGUGUUCUCAGCUCCGGUUGUGAGCGAACAGAGGGUGGAGAUGCCAUAGAAACGAGCAGAGAACCGUUUAGCAUUGCUGCUUCUCUUGUGGCUGUUUUCAAAGAUUAACAUGCUUGCAUCUACCUCAUUGGAGCAUACAGUCAUAAGGGCAGUCAUAAGGGCCUCA